AUGGCCAACGAAACUGCCGCCGCCGCUGCCAAUGGCGCUGCUCCCAAGUCCACCUUUGCCGUCAAGGCCGGUCUCGCCCAGAUGCUCAAGGGCGGCGUCAUCAUGGACGUGACCAACGCCGCGCAGGCCCGCAUUGCCGAGGAAGCUGGUGCUUGCGCCGUCAUGGCCCUCGAGCGUGUCCCCGCUGAUAUCCGAAAGGACGGCGGCGUUGCCCGCAUGUCGGACCCUACUGUCAUCAAGGAGAUCCAGGCCGCCGUCACCAUUCCCGUCAUGGCCAAGGCCCGUAUCGGCCACUUUGUCGAGUGCCAGGUCCUCGAGGCUCUCGGCGUCGACUACAUCGACGAGAGUGAAGUUCUGACCCCCGCGGAUGACGAGAGCCACGUCGAGAAGAGCCACUUCAACUCUCCCUUUGUCUGUGGCUGCCGCAAUUUGGGCGAGGCUCUGCGCCGCAUUGCCGAGGGCGCUGCCAUGAUCCGGACCAAGGGUGAGGCUGGUACUGGCGAUGUCGUCGAGGCCGUCCGCCACAUGAAGACGGUCAACAAGCAGAUUGCUCAGGCCAAGGCUGCUCUCGCCGAGGGGGGCAUCGUCCGCAUCCGUGAAAUGGCUCGCGAGCUCGAGGUCGAUGCCGAGCUUUUGCGCCAGACUGCCGAGCUUGGUCGCCUGCCCGUUGUCAACUUUGCCGCUGGCGGUGUUGCUACCCCCGCCGACGCCGCCCUCAUGAUGCAGCUCGGCUGCGACGGUGUCUUUGUCGGCAGCGGCAUCUUCAAGUCUGGCGACCCAGCCAAGCGUGCCAAGGCGAUUGUCCAGGCCACCACUCACUUCAAGGAUGCCAAGGUUAUUGCUGAGGCUAGCACCGGUCUCGGCGAGGCCAUGGUCGGUAUCAACUGUGACAGCAUGAAGCCCGAGGAGAAGCUUGCCACCCGCGGUUGGUAA